UCUCCUUAAGAAGAAACAGUAACAGAAGCGCGGAGCAGAGAGAUGACAGUGCGGUGGCCGAAACGAAAAUGGAGAAGAAUGUGUUCAUUAGGUCUAAUCCUUAGAGGAGGUCGUGGGUUUCGAUCAGAUGCAGCUCUAGAAGCAAUAGCCAAAGCUGGUGAAGACAGAGUACAAAACUUGGUGCUAUACAAUUACCCAUCUUUUUCAGGGGCAUUCUCAGCUCUCUUUGCUCAUCUCUUCCACUCUCGGCUCAAUCUCCCUUGCCUUCUCCUGCCUUUCUCUUCAGUUGAACCCUUCAGGGUUGAAGAUUUGUGCAUUGAUGGGCUUGAGAGAGUUUAUCUCCUUGAUUUUCUUGGUCCAAAAGGAUAUGCUGCACAACUUGCACAACGAAAUAUAUGCGAGGUGAUUGGCUUCGAUCAUCGAAAAUCUGUACUUCCACAUAUUAAAGAGGAUCAUCCCAAGAAAGUCACAUUUUAUGCUGACCUUGAUAAGAGUAGCUCCACUGCUGUAUAUGAAUAUUUCUCUUCCAAGCUUGUAGAGAUGAAACCUGUUGAGGGGGAAGUUGCCAGUUUACUGAAUUCAGAAGAGCAGGAUCGUCUGAAAAUUGUUCUCAAGUACAUUGAAGAUAUGGAUCUUCGUCAAUGGAGCUUGCCAGACAUAACUGCUUUCAGGAUUGGGCUAAAUGAAUGGCACUCAAAGUUGAAUUGCAUUACUAAUCCAUAUAUUUAUGAACAGCAGUUAUUGGAGAUAAGUGCCACCGGUCUGAUUUCAAAGGGAAAUUCCUAUAUUUCUGCUCGCCAAAGUGCUGCAAAUAAGUUAUUGGAUAAGGUUUUUGAAGUUUGGCUGGGCAGAGGUUUUUAUGGAGAAUGCCUGGCAGUUAGAGCAGAUGGGAGUUCUAACUUGAGCGAUGAAAUUGGCAAGCAACUUAGUGUUAAGAGUGCUGCAGCUGGACUGAGGCCCGUAGGAGCUGUUGUAUACAUGCAACGUAAUAAUCUUAAGAUGUGCUUGAGGAGUACUGAUAGCACUACUGAUACUUCUGAAAUUGCAAAGGCUUAUGGAGGAGGUGGCUCUGCUAGUUCUAGCUCCUUUAUCAUAAGAAUGGAUGAGUAUAAUAAGUGGCUUUCGUUAAAUAAACCAUAAUGGCCUCAAGGUGCAACGUGUCUUUUUGGUAGAUUACCAUGCUACCUCCUUUCUCAACCAUUUCGUUUGUAGUAUCAUAUGAUGAUUUUCAUCAAUGAAUACAUAUUAAUGGUAGUUGAAGCCUAAAACUUAUAUGUGAUAUUAGGUUCAUUUUGUUGUAUUAUUAGGAUUAGAAAAUAAAGAAGAAAAUAAAAUGAAAGAAGGGUUUCUAGAAUAGGUUUACGUUGAGUUAACCUACUCAUAUGUACUAUGUGAGAGACUAACAAGAGAUUUUACAAAUGAUUAACUAAGAAAACUUGUUAUUUCGAGCA